AUGAAAUUCAAGGGUACGUCUUCUAUAUAAUACAAACGCGUAUACCCUUCACAAAAUUAAUAGAGGAAAACACUUGCACUCUCAUAUCACUCUUCAUGGCCUCAAAUCAUCGGGUCUUCACAUUCAUUCUCUUCCUCGUAUCUCUCCACGUCAAUCUUCACUUCAUCUCUUCGUCUUCUUCUUCUUCGAAAGCGGAUUUCGAGAGAUGGGUAUGGUGGAACAUGAAGAACCACCGAAGUAGAAAAGCAAUGGAGUCGGUCUCAGGGAGGGAAACUAGACAGAUGGAUGAGAAGCUUCGGAGAGCGGAGAUGAACAAAGUGAGCAUAAGCGUGAGCCAAGAUGGCAAUGGUGAUUUCACUAACAUCAAAGACGCACUUAGCAGUAUCCCUCCUCGUAACAAAAGGAGGGUCGUCCUCAUCAUCAAACCCGGUGUUUAUAGGGAAAAGAUUUUGGUACCGAAGACGUUGCCAUUUGUUACGUUUCUUGGAGACUCAGAAGAUCCACCGACGAUCACCGGAAACGACACAGCCUCCGUUGUCUCCGAUGACACCGGAAAGCCGUUGAAGACUUACCGUAGCCCAACAGUGGCCGUCGACGCAGAUUAUUUUGUCGCCAUUAACAUCAAAUUCGAGAACACAGCAAUGCACGAGGUGGGGAGGGAGGGAGAGCAGGCAGUGGCUCUGAGGGCGUCGGGGACGAAGACAGCAUUCUACAAUUGCAGCUUCAUGGGAUCACAAGACACUUUAUACGACCACAAGGGCCUUCAUUACUUCAACAACUGCUUCAUUCAAGGCUCUGUCGAUUUCAUCUUUGGUUAUGGUACCUCUCUCUACGAGAACUGCCACUUGAACUCGGUGGCUAAGAAAGUUGCCUCAUUGACUGCCCAAAAACGGACCAUAUCUUCACUGGCAAGUGGGUUCUCGUUCAAGGACUGUUUGGUAACAGGUUCAGGUACAGUAUACCUUGGGAGAGCAUGGGGCGAUUACUCUCGAGUAGUCUUCUCCUACACUUUCAUGGACAACCUCGUCAUCCCUCGAGGUUGGAGCGACUGGGGUGACCAGAAACGCGACCAAAGGGUGUAUUAUGGGGAGUACAAGUGCAAGGGACCGGGUGCGAACAUGACAGGACGGGUACCAUGGGCAAGGGUUCUGACGGACGAAGAGGCCAUCCCUUUUCUCGGCACUUAUUUUGUUGAUGGAGACACUUGGCUCAUCAAUUAGCCACUCUCUCUCUCUCUCUCUCAA